CGCAGUACGUAACGAGCAAAACUUCCGGUGCCAUGUUUAUAUAGAAAUUUUACAAAUCCUAGACUGGUCAUCAAUAAAAUGAGGUGAAAUGCGUAAUGGUUUAACAUAUGUGUGUAGGCAACUCAUUUACAGAAUAACACUUCAGUGCCAGAAGCGAGAAAUGGGAUUGCAUUCAUGGCUUCAAAAUGCUAGUAAUGCAUUUAAUUCGUCCGGCAGGUCAAGAAAGUUCUUGUUUGUUUUAGUGUUUAUUGUUGUUCUUCUGUACUAUUUACUGCCAUACAUAUUCAGGAUACACAGAACUUCAAGCAUUGAAAUUGAUCCCAAUGAGGAUUGUCUUGCUCAAGGUCUUGUUGAAUUUCAAAGCGGUAUUAAUAAUUUAAAUACAUUUGUAUCCGGAGACUCUGGUCUUUCUUCUUUGAUUAAAAAAUUUGCUUAUGUAGGAAAUGGCAAUCUUGCUGCAGCAUUGGGCACAGAGAGUGGCCUGUUCAUAAGACUCUAUAGGGCACUAUCACAGCCAGUUCAAUUCUGGCCUAUUGUUCAAGUUCACUUAAAUGGCAGGGUUAAAGAAUCCAAUAUCUUGGAUGUAAAGUCUGGUGUUGCUUACCAUAUAAUGGUUCAAUCAAUGUUUUCCAGCUGUGUAACUGUCAAGUCACAAAUCUAUGCACAUAGGUCAAGGCCAGCACUACUUGUUCAAGAUAUACAAAUACAGAACCCAUCAUCCCAAGCUGUUGUCAUAGAGUUAGAUCAAAUAGGAGCCUCUGGUUGGGAUAAUGUUGAGACAGAAACAGCCAGUUUUGUGAUUUCCACGAAAGAAACUGUGAAUUACAAAAUUUACUCAGGUCUGGUUCCUGUGGCUAAGUCAGAGAUGUUCAUUCCAAUUGCUAUAGCAACAGUUUCAAUCAAAUCAAAUAAUGUCAAGGUUGAACCAUCAAGUUUCCAAAAGAUGCACAUCUUGACAUCAGUUCAUUACUCCAAACCAUUACGUAAAGAGGAGGCCUCAAAGUACAUUCCAGAUAGUAAACAUCAAGCUAAAGGAGAGUUGGAAGUUGGAUUGAAUAUAAAUGAGAAACUUUUAAGACAAGAGCACACCAAAGUUUGGGAGAAGCUCUGGUUUAGUGGUUUUUCCAUCAGUCACUCAAUGGCAUCAGGAGCUUUGAAUGGAGACCAUAUCAACAAAACCAUUUAUUAUGUACUGAGUAAUGCACCAGCCCCACUCCAUAAUGUCAAGUCCUCACCAGAAGAUAAGCUUGCGAUAGAGAAAAUAUUGUAUUAUCCUGAUAGAUGUUAUGGUGGACACACAACAUUAGUAUCUCCUACACUUUGGAUAGACCCUGAAGAUGAAUCUCAAAUAGCCAGAGUGGUGACCACAUGGAUGAUAACAUUAGAAAAACAAGGCUGUAGUGUCAUUGCUCAAUCAGGUGCAGAAGGAAUCAUGCAAGCUAUGAUACUUAGUUUGGGUCCUUUACAUUUUCACAACCAGCACCUUGAGAUGACCUCUCACCCGAGUGACCUGCAUCGUGACCUUCACUUUCGGCGGGUCAAUUAUGGCAACAAUACACACCUGAAUAUCUCUGUUGUGGUGGGAGAUGAUAACAAGGCCAGUAUAUAUGUUGCCUUGGACAGAAAUGACAAACCCUAUUAUGGCUGUGAUGCUGGCUGCUUAGAUCCUCCAAUACAGCUUAGUAAUGAACCCCAUCAGUUUCCUGUGAAGUUAACUGACCCUCCCACAUCAGUUCUCUACAUCACAGCAGACAAGCAACACAUGGAGGAAUUAAAACAUGCUAUACAUGUCAAAGAAGUGAAUGAAGCUCCAGCUCAUGAACAUCACGUCAUUGCCUUACACAAACAUGGACAUCACUUUGGAGGUCUUCCAACCAUCUUCUGGGUCUCAAUAGCUUUCCUCAUCAUCAUCUUUCACCUGUUUCUCUUCAAGCUCAUCUACAAUGAAUACUGCCAAGGUCAGGAGAGGUUCACACGCUCUCGCUAUAAUUUAUAGUGGUUGUUGUGUACAUGCCAGGGAUAUGAAACUGAGAUUGGGAAUGCAUCUCCAAGCUUAAAAAAAGGUGAAAUUUAAUAGAUUUAUUUCAAACUUUAAGAACCAGAAUAUUUUAAUCUUAAUCUUCAUAAUGAAUUUGUUAGAAAAAUAUCUUUUUAAAAAUUCGGUUUCCAAUCUUAGGUGAAUAGAGGCUUCAAAAAUCUUAUCUUUUAGGUGAAUUGAGGCUGCAAUGUCUUCUGACUUUGAUAUUAUAUGUUCAUGUUCCCCUUUGUUUACAUUCCUUCUGAGCUGUAGCUGCUAGUAAACAUCACUGCAAACCUUUGCCUCAAUGAAGGGCUUGGGGUGACUGAGGAAAUCCAACUUCAUGUAGUUAAUCUAAGAUGUAAAGUCUACAACCAAAUCACCAAAUACUAGUGGAUAGAUUAGGGUUGAACUAUGUUAGCCUGUGUGUUUUUGGCAGUACAUUGUUAUAUCAUCUAUUGUUGCAAAAAUGUAAAUGUUUUUCUCUAAUAUGCUUUGUGUACAUUGAUUGAUCAUUGAAAAAGUUCUCACCUUAGUAUUGAAUAGUGACAAUAUUGUCUAGGUUGAAUUUUAUUUUAGAUUUGGCUUUGAUAAGCAAAUCAUUGAUUGUGAUAGCUGAUGACAAUGUGGUCAAACUUACUUUUUGAACUAGUGUUUAAUGUAUGUUUUUUACUGCAUGUAAAUGGAUUUGAUUGUUGUCUGAGGUUUGUGUGGAUAUAUUUGUUCAUUCCAUGAUUGUGUGAUGAGUAGUGUGGGAGAUUAAGUUCAUUUCUGAAUUAUUAAUUGAAUUUUUUUCUUAUUUAUAUCAUAUUUGCCUUGAACUAUUUGAGGGUUGUAAAUAGUGGAAAGUUUCACUUGGUGAUAAUAAUGUUGUUUUUUUUUUAAUGAAACCAUUACAGCAUAUUAUUUAACCAUGUUCUUUGAAUUGUAUAUUUAAUUCCCAGAUGUUUCUGUUGUACAUUAAGUCUGUUGUAUUUCACUCAUUUAACCAUUGUGCUAAAAUUAUUUAUUGUAUUGAUGUGUGUUUGAAUGUAAUGCUGUCUCUAGAGCUGGUUAGCUUCUCUCUUCCCUUGUGUGCUUUGAGAGAUUCUAUUGGCUAACCUCCCCCCACGCCCCCAAUUCUUACUUUGUUUUAAAAUUUUGGAUGUUCCUUUGGAAAUGAAGAAUACUACAUACUUCCUGCUAGAAAGUAUUACAUACUUCCUGCUGGACAGUACUACAUACUUCCUGCUGGACAGUAUUGUAUGGAGGUGGGCAGGGUUUGAACUCAAGACCAUUUGGAUGACAAUGGAAGUGCAUACCCAUAACCUGGCAGCCAUCCUUUAGCAAUGUAAAUCCUACAGUUUUCUCUCUAGAUCUAGCUUGAAUAUUGAUUAGUAGCCACUUUAAUUUAAAAGAUGGAGUCCAUUUGUGCAUGUGUUGAAUAUGGGAUCAAUAUUAAGGUGUUAAUAAAUUGUUUUGUUAUAUUAAGAUGUAUAAAGGAUGUGCAUCAAAGAAAAGAUUCAUUGAUGUACAUUUUCUAAAUAUCAAAGUUGAUCAAUGAGAGGACUUCUUACACCAAAGUGUUCUUUAUUUAGUUCAACUUUAAAUUUAUUGUGACAGCUUUACACCAGGACCACUAUUAAAGCUUUAAAAUUUGAUUUUUUAUUAAAAAAAAAAGGUUUUCUCAUAGCAUACCCCCAGUAUAGGAAUUCUUUAAGAUCAAUGAAUCAAGAAUGUUAAUACAUAAAAUAAUUUGCAUAUUUUUAUCUAGUAUUGUUAUAACUUUAAGUAGAAUAUAUGUGGUAGUCAUUGAAUGCAUAAAGAGAGAGUAUACAUUGUUAUUUUCAUUUUUGGUUAGUAACUUUUUCUCUUUCUUAUAACGUUUUGAUAACAUGUAGGCUUACUUACUUAGAUCCUCCCACACUGUUCAGCACAAUGGGCAGCUAGCGGUCUCCACAAAGAACUAUAACAAGUAGACUGCUACAAUAAGCAAUUAAAUUUGUAGUUUUCUCUUUGUUCUAACAUUAUGUUAAACAAAUCUACUGCAACAGUAAGCAAAACUUUUAAUCUCUCUCUAUAUAUUAAUAUUAAAGUUUCAGCUUUAUGUGUGUGUGUGUGUGUAUCUAUGCAUUUUGUAGGUUUGUCUCUGAGUGCACAUUUUAACUAUCAUGUAAUAUACAUUUUAAUGCUGUGGUGAUAAUGUUUAAUAUUUAUAAUACUAGGAAUAAAUGGAGAUUCUGCAUCAGGUUGUAAAUGUGAUGAUUAUAUUUAGUUUGUCUUAAGAUGUUUGACAUGCUGUCAAGAAAACAUUGGAGUAUUUUUAACAAUUUUGUACUGUUUUGUUAUUAACAUAGAUCAUGUGACCAGUCUGUAUACUUUGUAUAUCCUUGUGUAAGAUUGUGUGUGUUCACUUCUGCAGUAUUUUGAGAAUGCUGUUUCUUUGACAGAUAGGAUUAAAUGGUUGCUACAUAAAGAAAGUUAGUUCUGGUGUUAUUUUUUUUUUUAAGUUUCAUUGGCGGUACUUUGAUUCUGAACCAUAGAAAACAAAUGCCAUUUUUGCAAUAGCUCUAUUUCACUCAUACCUCCAUGGAACCUUCUUGGUGGGCAAAGGGAUCUGGACACGGAUCUUAAAAAUGGCUCUAAUGAUUUUCCUAGAAAUGUUGACGUAUAUUGAUAUAUUUGAAAUUUUGGCACAAUUUAGGCCAUGUGUGCCCAUUGAUGUAUAUUGUAGGAAAAGAAUUGUAGCCACACUGGGAAAACUGUAGUUGUACCAUUAUUUUAAUUUGGCUAGAAAACUAGAAAAUACUUAUCUUGAAUAAACUCUAUGUCUUUGGGUAUUUUCGCAUUCAUUCAAGAAUGUUUUGCUCAUCAUUUUCUAAAUCUAGAUAUAAAGGCCUUUCAUUGGAAUAUUAUAAAGUCUAGUAAAUCUAUACAUUCGCUUAACCAGGAUUCUUUCUAAGGGGGGAGAGAAUGGGUCAGAGUAAAAAAAUGUUCCUUUCUUUAAAAUCAAAUGUUCAUUAGUUAUUACAAGAAAAAUAAUUGUAAGUUGUAUAAAGGAGGUAUUGUCUUUAAAAAAAUAAAGUAUCUUUUAAUGUU